UUCAGAAAGAAUCCUGAAACUCAUCUGGUCAGAUAAUGAAGCCAGUAACACUAUUUUGAGAGGAAGAACAGGCAAGUAAUUAGGAGUAGUGUAGCAUAGUGGCCAAGGCGCUAGGGCCUCAGUCUUCUGCAAAGUGAUGAGAAAGCAAGUCCCAUUAAAUUAGAAACAGGCAAAUUGUGGGUCCCAGUUAUUAUUGAAGCAAUAUCAUCCCCCACUAUUGGUGAUGCUGGCUAAGGCUGAUGGGAACUGCAGCCCAACAAUAUUUGUGUAACUGCACGUGUCCCACCUGUAUUAAACUCAACUUUCUUUGAAGUAAAGUGAUGCAAUUGUAAGAGCUUCUGGUUUAAAUCUUGCCUUUACUAUGAGCUUACUAGUUUGCCUUCGGAAAGCUGUUGUCUUUCAGCUUCAGGUCCACAUCUGCAAGUUAAGAGUAAUGCUGGCAUAUAUCUAAUAGAGCAUGUUGUUGUCAUUACUGCAGUAACUUAUGCGAAGCUCUUAGAAAACUUAAGACAACCAGAACAUUGUUUUGACUUGAGAGUUUGAGAUAAUACAUGAUCUUUUCUGAUUUUGAUGAGUUGCAGAGUCUCUCUGAGACAUUGCAGUAGCAUGCUUAAAGUGAAUCACGAACUGGAUAAACACUGCUAUCCAGCUUGGUUGUGGAUGUUUUUACAUAUAAUAUGCUAACAGUAGUAAUGGCUAAAUUUCUGGAGUGUGCACAUGUGUGCUAACUUGGUGCAAUUACCAAAGGAAACAAGAGAAAAGUUAACUGUUGGUUGCUCUAACCCAGGUCAAAUGCUAGAUACUUCUCAAAUGGCUUUGGUGAUCUUCUUUUUAACCUUUUACAGUGGAAUAAGCUUUGUUUCGUUUACAUCAUCUCCACAUGGAUAGUUUUUCUAAGUAUUCUUCAUAAUAGUAAGCUGAGUAAGUCUUCUUCGGGAAGAAAAAGAGAUGCUUUAAUCAGACUCAAAGGAUAUAUCUUAUUUUUAAAUCUCUGUAAAAGCCCCAAAUGGGAAUAUUGGCACAUGAUCAGUCUGUAACUAUUUGGUGGCAAUUCACAUUUUCUUUUACAAACACUCUAGGAAGCUUUAGUGUGGUUGUGAAACAUUUACAUAAUAAUGUGGACUUGGGUAAAUUUCCAGAGAGUGCCUCAUUCUAGUGCAUUAGAAUUGUGAGCUGCUUUGAAAAAACUGAGUUGCAUUUUGAUGUGUGCUUGUGUAUAUUUGGGUGCAUCCCUCUAUCUGGGGACUUACUAACUGUCAACUCCUUCCCCAAUACAUUAUGUUUCCACCUGUCUGUUUUAAAGGUAUCAUGGAUGCUGAUUAGCAGAGAACCAGGUUUCCUGGUUUACUACAUUCUGCCUGGAAGCUUAGGGAACACUGCAUGCCUUUGUGACUGAGUCUUCCCCUACAUACACCUGUGCAUGGGAUGUUGCACACUGCAUGACUGUAACUCCAGCUCCUGGGGCCCACAUGGAAGUGAAGCUGACAGCUGAGGAGUCCAGACCAGUUGCCACCAAGAAUCCUGAGGUGGCAGGCCAGGGUUCUCAGGCUGGGACAGCUCUAGAGCCUUCAGCUGCUGUUUCCAUCUCCUCUGAUUCUAGCACUGCACACCCUUCCUCUUCAUCCCAUGAUGUUAAAUCGCCCCCUGCUGGAUCCUGUCCUUUCACUCCCCUGGCACCUCCUGUCUUUGCUGCCUCACCUGGGCAGGCUUCCUCCCUUGUGGCAGUCAUUCCUUCUGUCUACUCAGCGCCAGUCAGUCCUGGCCCUGUUUUGCCGUCUGUUACUCCAACUUUGGCAGUCCAGACUCCUCCUCCUCCCUUCAAGCCUCCUGAUCUGGCUGUGCCUGCACAAAUGGUUAGCCCCUCAUCUCCAGGCAUAGCACCGGCCUCUCCCUUGGAUCCAGUAUUAUCCUCCGAGCCUGUUGGUUUGGCUUCUCCAGCUUCCCCCAUGAGCCCAGCCCUGAUGGCUCCAUCUGCCACCGUUUCUCAGGUGCCACUGUGUCCGCUUGCCCCAGCUCCUUUCAUUCUCCCAGUUGCUCCUGUUUCUCCUUCUUUAACCCCAGCCCCCGCUGUUCUCCCUGCCGCUUCAGCCCCUUUUCCAGUUCCUCCCAAUUUUCCUAUCAGUCCCACAGCUCCUAUUCCAAUUUCUGCUUCUACAGUCCCACCUUCUGCUUCAUGCUCUCUUCUCCCAAAACCUACAUUUUCUCCCCCUGUGCCACCAGUACUUCCCCUUCUUAGACCCACAACCCCUUUUCUAGUUCCUAGUAGUCCUGGAGCCCCAGCAACUCUUACUUCGCCCCCAGUGUCCUCUCCCAAUGUUGCUAAACCACAAAGUUCCAUGAUACAGCCCCACAGCCCUGUUGCUUCUUCAGUGCCUACAUCUAGUUCUGUGCCCCCUGCAGGGCUACCUGUGGGUUCUGCUGGCCCUCGCACAAUUCCUCCCUUGGCACCUGCUUCUAAACCUGUGGUACCUGCUUCCUCUUCUUUGGCUUCUGCAGUGCCCAUGGAAACCUCUCCUAAGACCCCAAACAAACCUCUUUCUGGACCGCUAGUACCUGCAGGGCCCCAUGAAAAGUCUCCCUCUGGUCCUGCCGCCCCACCACCUGCUCCUGUACCAUUAGUAGGGCUGCCUGAAAAAUCUGUUUUAGCACCUGCUUCUGGCCCUGUAGUCCCUCCUCCAGCCCCAGUGGCACCUUCCCCUGGCUUUGUGGCACCUUCAGGGCCACCUAUGAAACCAGCUAUUAGCCCUAUACCUCCAGUGGGCCCUACUGCUAUAAAACAUGGUCCUGGAUCUCCUCUGUUUCUGACAGACCCCACUGCUAGUCCUGUGGCACCCACAGGGCCACCUGUAAAACCAACUCCCCCCUUCAGCCCCUGUUUCUGGCCCUGUGGGACUUGUGGGACCAACUGUCAAACCAGUCACAAGCCCCAUAACUCCACUGGGCCCUGCAGCUUUUCCAGUAGCACCUGCUGGACCACCUAUAAAACUUCCUUCUAGCCCUGUAGCUCCUCCUCAGGGCCAAACAAGCCCCCCUGUUGGUCCCAUGCCACCUAUAAAAUCUCCUUGUGGUCCUGCAGCCUCCCCAGGGCCUGUUUCUACUCCGUUAUCUACAGAGCCACCUGUAAAACCUGCU